AAUACACACACAUAUAUAUGUAUAUAUACACACACACAUAUAUAUAUGUAUAUAUAUAUAUAUAUAUAUAUACACACACAUAUCCUUUGAAUCUUUUAUGUUCCUGAUAUUAAUACCAAUCCCUCUUUCCACCAGUGGAACUGAUGAAAGUUGUCCAGAGAGUAAGGGAUGUGGCCAGAUUGCUGAAAUGCUUCAUACCUAUCCAAACUAGUUCAGAGUAUUUGUUAAUUCUUCAAGUAUCUCUACAAGAUAGACAUCAUUGAUUGAUGGGUGAGUAAGAUGAAGUUCAAUCUCACAUACAACUUUGAGGUUGAAGAUCUGGGGUUUGAAAUUAGUGAUCUCAUCCUAAAAAUAAGUGUUCUGUCGACUUAUGCUACGGUUAGCUUACAUGGAGACAGGGUACUUACCACUUGGGGGGAGUCUGAAACGUCUUUAGGAAGUCUACCAGGAAGCAAGGAUUCCAACACUGUCUUAGGGUCAAUUGUAUAAACCCUCGCCCAAAGAAGAACCAGGAGGAUUGGUGAUGAAGAUACAGGACGGAGCUUGCUCCUUGGCAAGAAGGAAGGAAGUGGCUAAGAGCACAGGCUAGAUCUAUCUGUGAUGUGAAGGGAGAAGGGAGAUGCAGAAGUGGGGAGAAGAUAUUCGAAGAAAGAGGGAUGCUUGGCUGUCCUCAUGCAGAUAGAGAGCUUUCAUCCAGUUGUCAUUCCACAAUGUUUCUGUGGAACCGGGGGACAGAAAUUCCUUCUUUCCCUCUUUUCCUGUCUUGCCCUUUCCCCCUUCCUUUCUCCCCUCCGUCUGAUCUGCAGUGCUGGGGAUGGAACCGUGCUCAAGCAGCCCACAUGAGCCACGCCCCACACGUCAGUAGAGAUUCCGACCCCUUCUCUCCCGGACCUUUCCUGAGUUCUACUGUCCCGUGGCUCCGAUAGACUGUCUGUACUGAGGCUUGAGAUGGACUGCUGCUCGCUUGUUCAGCUCCAUAUAGACCACACCCUGGGUCUUUGCCCUUUGUCUUGGACUCCCUCCAGCCCUUUAAUGAUUAACGCCUUCAGAAAACCCACGGACAGUAGGUACCACAGCCUGUACCUGUCACCAGCCAGAGGCAGUAUCUGCUGAAGUCUCGGGAUGGAGAGAAAGGAGGAGAAAGAUGGCAGCGACAAGCCCGAGGGGCAAGAACAGGGCAGUGGGGCAGCGGGGCUGACGAUGAAGAGGGAGAUUGGUCUGUGGAGCGCAGUGUCCAUGACGGCUGGCUGUAUGAUUGGUUCUGGCAUCUUCAUGUCACCACAGGGGGUCUUGGUUUACAUAGGCAGUCCUGGAGCCAGUCUCAUCAUCUGGGCAACCUGUGGCCUCCUGGCCCUGUUGGGUGCCCUGUGCUAUGCUGAACUGGGCAGCCUGGUUCCUGAGUCUGGGGGAGAGUAUGCCUACAUUUUGCGAGCCUUCGGCUCUCUGCCUGCCUUCCUGGUCAUCUACAUAAUUGUUCUGGUAGGCAGACCAGCUGCCAUCACUGCUGUCUCUCUGAGUUUCGCUGAGUAUGCCCUGGCUCCCUUUUAUCCGGGCUGCUCCUCAGUCCCUCAGGUCAUAGUCAAGAUUGUGGCUUGUUCUUGCAUCCUUGUGCUGCUUCUGAUCAACUUCUGGAGCUCACGGAUGUCCACUGUGCUGAUGAACGUGUGCACGGCUGCCAAACUGUUCUCGCUACUAGUCAUUGUAGUGGGUGGGGCUGUGGGGCUGGCGCAGGGCCGGAUUCCCACAGAAUCCCUGCUGUUUGCCUUCCACAACACAACGCAACAGGCAGGGCGCAUUGGCAUGGCUUUCUACCAGGGGCUGUGGUCCUUUGACGGCUGGAGUAAUAUCAACACGGUGAUAGAGGAGAUCAAGAACCCAAAGGGGAAUAUUGAAGUCUGCAAGAGGGGAAUUAUUUUGAAUUCUAACUGCCACCAUUCUCAUUGAUUCUGUUGGCCACCUCUUGGAUUGUCCCCUCCAGGACAUUGCAGUAGAUACUUCAUAGUUUUUGAAGCCCGUGAACCACUUUGCCAUGGGGAACAAACCAGUCACUCCUCCUCACCCUACCUGUGAGCCUGGCUUGGAUAACCAGUGUGCUAGCCGGUCUUCGGGGCUACCUGGGACUCAGAUGUGGCAUUUGAAUCUUCAGUGUUUAAUGUGCUGACUCUUUGGCACACAUAUAUUUUCUUCUUCCCUUGCAGGAAUGCCAAAUUCUUACAGAAUGGGAACUGCAGAUCUUCUGCUGUCCCCGCUGGGCUGGCUUAGGGGUACUCUGGCUUCCAGAGGCUUGGCAAAGGCUCACUGGAGUGGUCACUUGAGAAGAGAAUGAUAGCUUGGAGAGAGAAGAAGCACAAGAGCAGGGGGUGGGGGUUGAGACAGAGAAAGAGACACAGGAAAGACAGAGACAGAGGAGAGAGAAACAGAAAAAUGAGAGAUAGAAGUAAACAAGAGAUAGAAACAGGGGAGAGACAGAGGCAGAGGGGAGACACAGAUGGGGAAAAAGAAACAGAGACAGAGGAAAUAAACACAGAGAGAGAGAGAAAGAGAGAGAGAGGAGAGAGAGAGAGAGAGAGAGAGAGAGAGAGAGAGAGAGAGAGAGAGAGAGAGAAUAUGAAUGCAUGGUGCUAGGAGUCCUAGGGGAUCCAUCCUUAGUUUUUUUAUUAUUAUUCUUUCUUUGAGACAGGAGUCUCAUUGUAGGGCUGGUGGGCCUUGAAUGUGUUCUGUGGCUAAGAAUGCCCUUGAACUCCUGAUUCUCCUGUCUUUACCUUCUGAAUGGUGAGAUUACAGGAAUAUCACCAUGCCUGGCAAUUUUAAUUUCUCGCACAUAAUCUUCUUCUUCUAAUCCUUUGUGUGUGAAAAGGGACUAUUUUAAUAACUGCCCCGGCUUAUUCCUAGGUUUCUGAGAUCUCAGUGGUUCACUCUUGGCAGACAGCUUGGGAAAUUCUCAAGUCCAUGGGUAGCAUGUGCAUACAGUUGUCUCACAGCAGUAAAGCACUGUUUUCUCCAGCUAGACCAUGGACUUUCUCACUAGGUCAAGGAAAGAGGAGGGUCCUUCAAGUUGAAGAUAAUCUCCCAUGGUUGCAGAGGUCAUCAGCAAAGUUUUUCUAGAAAGGAUCCAAGAGUUAGGACUCCAAGCCCUGUCUUCAUUAGUCCCUGUCACAUCUACUCAGUUCUGUUGUGGAAAACUGCUGUAGGUAAUAAAGGUUAUUAUUAAUAUUGGGCCACAUGCUCCAUGGUUUGAUGAUCUCUGCUAGGGCUGGGACUUUCUUGAUAUGGAUUUCCAAGCAAAACCUAAGCCAGUUGUCAAAAAUGCCAGUAUUUA